AUGGAAACAUACAUCGGAUACAUCAAGACACCACAAGACGCACUCAUUGUAUUUGAAGCAUGCCGACGAGGUCUUCUCAACCGUGUACAACGUCGACUUUCAACAAAGGAGCGCAUUCACAUUCGUUCAGGGUCUGUUUUUGCAUGGGAUGAACGAGAAGCUGGAAUGCGUCGCUGGACCGAUGGGCGUACAUGGUCACCUAGUAGAGUUCUUGGUAGCUUUUUGACAUACCGUGAGCUUGAUACUAAGCGACGUCCACGUCGUACAUCCAUGUCAUCAUCAUCAUCUUCAUCAUCAACGGCACUUCCUGUUAGCAAAGCAGCAGCAGCUUGUUCAUAUAAGCAAGAUGGACUCAUCAAACAAAGCUUCUCAAUCUGCACAGCCGCAAACCAAAAAUUGCACCUUAUUUCGUACUACACCAAGACCGAUGUCCUUACAGGAAAGCUUAGGCAGCCAUCAGCUGACCCAAUGUUUAGCCAAAUCGUCGUGCCCAAAGGCUUGUACCCAGAGCUUAAUCCUCUUGAUACCAGUGGUGGUCAUUCUGCAACCCUACACAGCAUGCGCCAAACCUCAUCACUAACGUCCGCAUCGCCACAACAACCCCCUGCAAUGCAACAACCCCCAUCGCCACCACCUUCCCUAAGCUCUUCACCAUUGUCUUCAGACGAAGAUAUGGUUGAUUCAUCAUUCCAUCAGCAAGAUUCUUAUUAUUCAGCUCCUACUACAACAUGGUCUUCAAAUUCAUGCAAUUUGGCACUGCCCCCUCCUUCAAGCUUUUAUCAACACAGCUUGCCACCAUUGGCUGUUCAAGAAGUUGCCAUGGAUCGGAUCCCAUCGUCGGAAGAUCAGCGUCAACUCCGUGCUCUACGCCUCCAAUUAUAA